AUGAUCAAGGGAAAAUCAACAAGAAAUGCAUCAGCAGUUUCAAAAGGUGCAGAAAGUCGUCAACGUAUCAAUCUUCAGCAAAUGCAAAAUGUUCUUUUAAUCUGGUUAGACAACAAUAUCGACGAGAACAAUGACGAUUGCCAAAAUACAAUCAUAAAAUUACGACGGGCUGUAAACGACACCAAUACAUUUACAGAUGUUGAUCAGUGCUUUGAGUUCAUUGAAACAGUUGUCGAUAAAAAGGCAUGUAUAAUCAUAUCUGGAUCACUUGGACAACAUUUUGUGCCUUUUGUGCACAAUAUGUCCCAAGUUGAUUCAGUAUUUAUCUUUUGUGACAACCGAAAAUAUCAUGAACAAUGGACCAAAGAUUGGCCUAAAAUAAAGGGUGUCUUCACAGAUAUUACACCCAUCUGUGACGCACUUAAGGAAGCUGCUCAUCAAUGUGAGCAGAAUGCCAUUUCCAUGAGUUUCGUGGGAUCUAAUAAAAUGUUGGACCAAUUAGAUCCUUCUUUUAUGUACACUCAGAUUCUCAAAGAGAUCUUACUAAUUAUCAAAUUCAACCAGAAUCACAUUCAAGAUUAUUUUGAUCACUGUCGUGAUGCUUUUGCAGGUAAUACAAAAGAAAUCGAAAAUAUCAAACGAUUAGAAGCUGAAUACCACAGCAAAACGCCGAUCUAUUGGUAUACCUGUAACAUGUUCCUGUAUCCCAUGCUCAAUCGUGCAUUACGAUUGAUGAGCGGUAAUAUCAUUAUACAUAUGGGUUUCUUCAUUGCUGAUCUCCAUCGACAGAUUGAACAACUGCAUAAGGAACAAUAUGCUAGGACAACUGCUGCUAACACCUUUACCAUUUACCGUGGUCAAGGUUUAUCUACAGGAGAUUUUGAACAAAUGAGCAAAACUAAAGGUGGCCUUAUUUCAUUCAACAAUUUCUUAUCUACCAGUAAAGAUCGUGAAGUUUCCUAUGCUUUUGCUGAAAGCAAUCAGGCCAAUCCAGAUCAAGUCGGUGUACUUUUUAUUAUGAAGAUUAAUCCUGCUCAAUCAACAACACCAUUUGCUUCCAUUGCUGGUAUUAGCUACUUCGAAGGAGAAGAGGAAGUCUUAUUUUCGAUGCAUAGUGUUUUUCGUAUACAGGAUAUUAAACACAUGAAUGAAAAUAAUCGUUUAUAUGAAGUUAAUUUGACACUUACUACUGACAAUAAUGCAGAAUUAAGCAGACUUACUGAUUACAUUCGAAAAGAGAGUUCUCCAGAUGAAGAAGGAUGGCACAGAUUGGGUACUGUACUAAUUAAAAUGGGUCAGUUUGACAAAGCUGACGAUAUUUAUCAACUUUUACUUGAUCAAACACAGAAUGAUAAGGGCAAAGCAGAUAUUUAUCAUCGACUUGGUGUUAUCAAAGCUAGUCAAGGAAAAUAUGAAGAAGCACUUACAUUCUAUAAAAAAUCACUUGCUAUCAGACAAAAAACUCUUCCUCCCAAUCAUCCUGAUCUGGCUUCUUCCUACAACAACAUUGGUUUAGUGCAUGACAGCAUGGGUAAUUAUCCUAAAGCACUUUCUUAUUUUGAAAAAGCCCUUG